GCUCGGAGGGGUAUAAAUAUCAGAGUCUGUCGCUAUUCAGACACAGUCUUCGCUCGAUCGUCGGACAAACAAGUUAAUAAAAGCAAAAAUGAAGGUUUUCGUUGCCAUCUGCGUGUUGAUCGGUCUGGCCUCCGCUGACUAUGUGGUGAAAAACAGGAACGAUAUGCUGGCCUACCGCGAGGAGUGCGUUAAGGAGCUGGGCAUUCCAGUGGACCUGGUGGAGAAGUACCAGAAGUUUGAGUACCCCAACGAUCCCCAGACCCAGUGCUACCUCAAGUGCGUAUUUACCAAGUGGGACCUGUUCGACGCUCAGACCGGCUUCAAUGUGGAGAACGUCCACCAGCAGCUGGUGGGCAACCAUGCCGACCACAACGAGGCUUUCCACGCCAAGUUGGCCGCCUGUGUGGACAAGAAUGAGCAGGGAUCCAAUGCCUGCGAGUGGGCCUAUCGCGGAGCCACCUGCUUGCUGCGGGAGAACGCUGCCCAGAUCCAGAAGAGCCUGGCCCCCAAGGUAUAGGAUGCCUUAAUUGGACGACUGUACUGAUAAGCAUUAAUUUAGUUAAUAAAGUAAUCAAUUUCCGAUAAA